GUGACAGUUUAGACAGAUUCACUCCUGUGGACAGACUGAUCAUUAGACUCAACAGCACAAAUUCUGAGAGGAGUGAGACUGUGGUGACACUACAGGGAACAGCUUGCAAGCAGAGAACUAGGAAGCAUCUGUAGAAUAACCCAAGCUACUAGCAUUUAGGGUAGUAUUUUUGGAUAAUAUUUCAAUUUGUGCCCCACUUUCCUCUGCUUCAACCGAGAUGGAUUCCGACUCUGGCUCCACCUGCAGCCGCUCCUCAUCCCCAGACCUGGUGGUGGACGACUCUGCUGGGAGCUUCUUCUCCAACAAGAUGUUCCAGACGUACUGCCAAGAACACAGAGCAGACAGCGAGGCCAGCCAGGGCAGGACGGAGCGCUGCAGUGGGGGCGGUAAGACCAAGACCAGGUCUGACCUCAGCAAGGACGAGGUACAAGACCUGAGACUGAAAGUCAACAGUCGGGAGAGGAAAAGGAUGCAUGAUCUUAACCAGGCGAUGGACGGCCUGAGGGAGGUCAUGCCCUACGCUCAUGGACCUUCAGUCCGCAAGCUGUCGAAAAUCUCCACCUUGCUGCUAGCUCGCAACUACAUCCUCAUGCUGUCCAGCUCCUUGGAGGAGAUGAAAAAGUUGGUGGGGGAUGUUUAUGGAGGAAGUGCUGCUGUCCAGAGCCGCACCGCUGCCCACCCCGCCAUUACCCCUGCAGCCCCCACUGCCCACCUCCCUCUGCAUCCUCUGGCCCAGUCUCUGCACUCUCUGGUGGGCAGCACACCUUCAACUCUCCAGCAUCACUCAACUUCUACAGCCCCACCCCCGCACUCCCCUCCAUCCGCCAGCUUCCUGGGUUUUCAUGCUCCAGUCCAGGGCCUUCUGAAGGACCCCCUCCACCUGGCCAGCUCCUACAGGCACUUCCCGGGCAUGCCCUGCCCCUGCUCACUCUGCCAACCUUUGCCCACCACUACUGCUACAUUACACAGCCUGUCUAUGACCAAGUGAGCAGGACUCUUUUAGAACUGACCUCUACUGUUUGGAUCAACGCAAUGAACCAAGCAGCUCACAGAAGAUUGUUAAACGAACUGCCAAAAUGAUGGCUGGUGCCAGAACUUGUACAUACUGUAUAUAUCUUCUGCCAUGCAAACCGCUGCUACUUUUUUUUUUAUCAUUUAUCUCGUCUGCAUUGUUUAUACAGGAAUAUUCUAAAUGCACUAGGGAUUCUAUCAGAAUAGCAAACACUGUAAUUUAUCUGAUAUCUGUGGUGAUGAAACGUCACAAAUGGAACUGAUGUGGCCUAUUGUGCAGGAUUUCUAUUUUCCUAAAUUAAAAUUUUGUUAUAAUA